CAAACUCAUCUAAAACAAAAAAAAGUUCUUUCUCCAUUUUCUUUUUUCCAACAACAAAAAAAAAAUAUACAAAAAAAUAAUCAAAUUCCCAACUAAACAAAAGAGAAAAACAAGAAAAAUAAAUGGGUUCAUCAAUGAAAUCAUCUUUGAUCCUUUUUUUUACAUGUUCCCUUUUCCUCCAAGUCGCUUAUGCGGUAUAUAAAACUGAGGUAAAAUGUGAGAGUUUACCAAAUAGUGAUUGUGCAUUUGCAAUUUCAUCAACUGGAAAAAGGUGUGUAUUAGAAAAAGCAAAAAAACCAAAAGAUGACUUAAUUAGUAGUGAAUAUGAAUGCAAGACAUCAGAAGUUAUGGUUCAAAACAUGAAGGAACACAUUGAAACAGAUGAAUGUAUUGAAUCUUGUGGUCUUAAUAGAAAUUUCUUUGGAAUUUCAUCUGAUGAUUUGCUUGAGCCUCGAUUUGUUUCCAAAUUAUGUGCCCCUGCUUGUUAUCAACAAUGCCCCAAUAUUGUUGACCUUUACUUCAACUUGGCUGCUGGUGAAGGAGCAUACUUGCCAGACAUAUGCAACAAGAACAAGAAGUUGAAGAGUAGUGGUGCUGCUGAAGAUGGUGUUGAUGCUCCUGCUCCAUCUCCUUCAUUUUUAUAAAAUUAUUUUUACACCUUAUUAUAAAAUAAUAUAUAUGAAUAAUUUCUUUUUACAAGAA